AUGCCUGUCAAGGUCGGAAUCAACGGUCUCUGCUUUGCACCGUCAUGUUCAUCCGACUUGCCCGAUCAAGGUCGUAUCGGCCGUAUCGUCCUCCGCAAUGCUCUCCUCCACGGAGACAUUGAGGUCGUUGCCGUGAACGACCCCUUCAUCACCCUUGACUACAUGGUCUACAUGUUCAAGUACGACUCCGUCCACGGCCGCUACAAGGGCUCCAUCGAGGCCAAGGACGGCAAGCUCUGGGUCGAGGGCAAGCCCAUCUCCGUCUUCGAGGAGAAGGACCCUGCCAACAUCAAGUGGGGUGACGUCGGUGCCGAGUACAUCGUCGAAGCUACCGGUGUCUUCACCACUAUCGACAAAGCCUCUGCCCACUUGAAGGGUGGUGCCAAGAAGGUAGUCAUUUCCGCCCCCUCGGCCGAUGCUCCCAUGUUUGUCUGCGGUGUCAACCUGGACGCGUACGAUUCCAAGUACCAAGUCAUCUCCAACGCUUCCUGCACCACCAACUGCCUUGCCCCCCUCGCCAAGGUCAUCAACGACAAGUUCGGUAUCGUCGAGGGUCUCAUGACCACUGUCCACGCGACGACCGCUACCCAGCGCACCGUCGAUGGCCCUUCGAACAAGGACUGGCGUGGUGGUCGUGCCGUUGCCCCCAACAUCAUCCCCUCCUCGACUGGUGCCGCCAAGGCCGUCGGCAAGGUCAUCCCCAGCCUCAACGGCAAGCUCACCGGGCUCGCAUUCCGCGUGCCCACGAUCGACGUCUCCGUCGUCGACCUCGUCGUCCGCCUCGAGAAGUCGGCGACGUACGACGAGAUCAAGCAGGCCGUCAAGGACGCCUCCACUGGCGCGCUCAAGGGCAUCAUCGACUACACCGAGGACAAGGUCGUCUCCACCGACUUCACCGGCUCGGAAGCGUCGUCGAUCUUCGACGCCGAGGCUGGUAUCGCGCUCAACAAGAACUUCGUCAAGCUCAUCGCAUGGUACGACAACGAGUGGGGCUACUCUCGCCGUGUGUGCGACCUCCUCGUGUACGCGGCGAAGAAGGACGGCGCCAUCUAAGCGGGCACUGGGGGUGUGCGCUGCUAGGUUCGCGAAGAAGUAUCCUACAACAUUAGUUUGUUUUGUACCAAUCCGCGCGUGUAGCUCGUGCGAUGUACUCAUAAAACG